UGAAGUCACAUUGUCAAAGCUCACAAACUGCCACCAUUGCAAAUUCACGUCUUCCGUUCUUUUUGUGCCCCAUUACUGUAGCUGCGACGGGGAAAUAAGGAGGAGAUACAAAAAACUGAGGCCACUGCUGAAGAGGUGAAGGAUGUGGUUUCAUUUGUCUUUUCCUUGACCACGAUGCCAUUUUAGGAAUUUCUUUCACCCUAUUUCCUAUGUCACCAGACAACUUACCUGAUUGUUCAGCCACAGGCAUGAAUGGGACAGCCAUUGAAAAUUUUGUCUGUGUCAUUUUUAAUGUUUCUUUCAUGAACUGCACUUGGCAUGUGGACAGGACUGCUUCAGGAGAUACCCAAUAUUUCCUGUACUGGAAGACCUCAAGGAAAGAAGAUUACACGGGAUGCCAGAAUUACAUCAGAGAUAAUUUUGGAAUGCACACAGGAUGUAGAUUCCAAAAUGUGACAAUAGCAAAUAAGAGAGCUUGUUUCCUGGUAAAUGGGUCUAGAAGUGGACAAAACAUUCAAUCAUAUAAGAAGACGAUUUUUCUGUACAAAAUUGAAAAACUUACUCCUCCAUUAAAUGUCACUGUGAACUGUACAGAAACUUUUCAUAGCUGUGAAAUUCGGUGGCAACCACCUCACACAAGUCAUGUGAAAAGACGUGCUUGUUUCAAGUAUGAAAUUGUUAUAGAAAACCAGGCUGAUCCUCAGAAAACCAUCAAAACCACAUCUAAAAUAGAAAGAAACAUCACAGGAAACUCCUACGUAUUUGGGAGCUUCAGCACAGGAAAAAGGUACAGCGUUAAAAUCAGAGCAACUGACAAUGGCUGUUUAGUGAGCACAAGCUGGGGAGAGUGGAGUACACCCGUAGAGUUUGGGAAAGAGCAACUUACAUCUACUUCAUCAUACAUGUUAUUUCUGGUAUCAGUGCUGGCAACAAAUCUUGUACUUUUUCUCUUCACAGUAAGCAUUUAUUUGAAAAAAACAUCUGCUACAGUACCACAGCCAAGGGACACAUUUUAUGAGCUCUCUUCAAUGGAUUUCAAGACAGAAUACAAGAAUCCAUUAAUAAAGCAUGACACUGAAGAAAUAAUAACUGUUGAAGAAGUGAUGUAAUAACAUGCAAGUGAAAUGAGCAACUUGAACUUUUUCAAACAUAUAUAUCUUGUUGACAGCAAUUUACAGGUUCUUCAUAUUCUCUCCUUCUUGUGAGAAGAGCAAAUGGUGUUGCCUGUAGUAACAAUUCCCCAAGAGCCUAUCUUUAAAAGUCUCUUUGUAUUUGAUUGCAUUUUCCAUAAUAGAGUUGUUUGGACUGUUUUUGUUUAUUCUUAUGAUGAAUAUUCUUGCAAUGUUUCAGCAAAAAUAUUUCAGUAGUGAUUUGUAAGUUAUUAUACUGCUUUUCAAUACCAUUCAAAAGAAUAAAGUAAGAAAAACCAAACUUAAAGGGAUUAUUCAGGAUAUCUAGCGGUACGGUACCUUGGAAAAGGUACAGCCAUACUGAGACUGUGAUCAUGAAUAUACAUUUGUCAUCUGUAUGAACACCCACA